CCGCCUCGUGACUGCUCGAGCUGACUACCGCAGCUAGCCAAUCCUGGGUAUUUCCUGACGCGUUUUCUGCCUUGCUGAACGGAGGGCAGUUGGGAGGCGAGAAGGACGUGCUCGGGGAUUUCGGGCGUUUGCGUUUAACGCGUCUGAAAGACAAGAGGUUGGGACAGAGCGCUUUAUUUGUUUUUCGAAGAUUAUGGCGCAAAUGCAAGGCUUCGGGAGAAAGUAUAUUAAAGCCUUUUUGAAAGGUUUUUUUGUUGCUGUUCCUGUGACUGUCACUUUCCUUGAUAGAGUGGCUUGUAUAGCGAGAGUAGAAGGGGCUUCAAUGCAGCCUUCACUGAAUCCAGUGGAACAGCAAGUAUCUGAUAUAGUGCUUUUAAAUCAUUGGAGUAUUCGGAAUUACAAAGUACAACGUGGAGACAUAGUUUCACUUGUCAUGUGGUGGCAGAAAAACUUGACGGAGACAGAGAAAUGCGAUGGAGCUGGAAAGCAGGUUAGUGAAAAAUGUUUGAGGGAAAUGAGGGCAGCUGGGCGGUGGUUCUUCUUACGGCAGAUAGAGCAGGGGCUGUAGUCAUGACACAAAGCCUGGCAUGAAAACUUGGGGAGGCGGUGGGAGCGCUGGGCACUGCUGCUGCUCAGGAGCCAUCUGCUUGCAGGCACGACUUCAAGGAGGGGGCCGCCGCAGGAGGGAGAUCCCUGCAGAGAUGCCCCUUUGGAAAACUGGGAGCAGUAGCAGCAGCAGAAUCACGAAAAGAUUCUUCCGAAGCCUUUUUCAGUGUUUUGCUGAACAGGGAAAAUCCACAUUCUGCAUCAAGUAAAUGUUUAAGAAAGUUAAAUACUCUGGCAGCAAAAAUCCACGGGGAAAAAACCAUGGUAUCAUGUACGGGGGACUUGCACUGCCUGCCUCCCUCUGUGCCUUCACUUCGCUCAAUCAAUCAACCAGGUCCAGGCUGAAUUUAGGGUGUUGCUUUACCAACAUUGCCAAUUUCGCUGCUGUGCUGAGUAUGCCCCUCCCACAAAUAGGCAGGAUGGCUGAGAGCAGAGUGGCCAGGAGGGUGAACCUUGUAGGGUAGGCAAGGUGGGUUGUAUGACGUGUGAGUUCUGGCACCUUUUUUUUUUUUUUUUUUUAGAAAAAAAGCACUGGAUGUAAGAUAUACAGAUGUAUGCCUUUAGUUUAAAGUAAUUCUUUGAGCUAUGAAAGCAUGCUGCUUAUUUUAAGUCUGACACUAGGUUUCAUAUACUGUUGCAUAACUCUAUUAGAACAUGAUAUAGCACCCCAAGGGCACGAGCAACUUCUAUAUUGCUGAAUAUAGUAUCUUGCAAUAGUCAACACUGUACAACAACAUAAAGAGUGGGCUGCUGGAAGAAAUUUCUAGAGCACUACCUUAGGGAGUCUUUUAUAAAUUGUGAUAUGACGUUUUUCAAUUUUAAAUUUCCCUUGAUGAUUAUGCUACUGUAUUAGCAAAACUGGGAAAUAAAAACACUGCUGAAUUUUUGUGCCUAUCAUGUCACCCUCAAUUUCUAUCUAAAACACAUUUAAAAAUAAAAUAAAAUAAAAAUAAUAUAAAAUAAAAUAACAUUAUUUUGAAAUCUAUCCAAACACAUCUAGGAAGUGAUUUGAAGCCUUCUGUUUAUUAUAUUAUUUAACAAAGAAAGGUCAAUCUCGCUAAUCAGAAGUAGAAAGAAAUGAAAAGAAGGAAUAUGUUUCCUAAUAGCACCUUAAAUACCAACAUAUUUUUAUGACUUAAGCAUAUGUGGAGCAAAGUCUACCUCAUUAAAUGUCAAUGUAAGUUCAUGUGAUUAUAAAUACUUUUCAGUCUUUUAGUACUACAAAACUCUAUUAUUUUAUUCCUAUUAGCAGCUGGACUUUUGGAAGCUGUCAUCCAAGUAGCAGUUCAUUCCCAAUUCUUAGAGCCAUCUAAAUUCUAUUACUUCAGGACGAUGUUAAUCUUUUUUCUGCAUUUCUGCACAAUCCACCAAGCAGCAAUAAAAAUAAGAAGGAGAAGUGAUGUCUAUGUGAUUUCUCAACUUUUAUUCCAUCUGUCUCUCUCACCGGAAGAUGAUACCAAAGAGAAUGGAUUCCUUUCCAUUCUCUUUGGUACCAGGCAAAACAAGAAACAAUGGUUGUAAACUAACCAAGGAGAGAAGCAACCUGGAGCUAAAGAAAA